UUCCGACAGCCGUGAAGGCAGCAGGGAUGAUGCUGCCUUGGAUCCAUAUUACCUUGUUAGCAGGUUGCAAGCUAGCUGAACACAGGCGGUACAGUGCGGCUUCUAGGGGGAUGUCCCACCCUUUCUAAUACAAGCUCAGGACUCCCGUGUUUUUUUAUCGGCUCUACAACAGCGGGACUAGCUUCCAAACUUUGGCAAAAUGACGACGCGGUCGGAGCGAGAAAAAGCCCAGAAACUGAACGAGCAGCAUCAGGUCAUCCUGUCUAAACUGCUGAGGGAAGAAGACAACAAGCUCUGUGCCGACUGUGAGGCAAAAGGUCCUCGAUGGGCGUCAUGGAACCUCGGGGUGUUCAUGUGCAUCCGCUGUGCCGGCAUCCACCGCAACCUGGGUGUCCACAUCUCCAGAGUCAAAUCUGUCAAUCUGGACCAGUGGACACCGGAGCAGAUCCAGAGUAUGGUCGACAUGGGCAACAACAGGGCCAAACGGCUGUAUGAAGACCACCUACCGGAGAACUUCAGACGGCCACAGGUGGACCAAGCAGUGGAGGUCUUCAUCCGGGACAAGUAUGAGAGGAAAAAGUACUACAACAAGGAGGCCCUGGCUGCAGAACCGAAGGAGCGUGAAAAGAAAAAAGAGGAGAAGAAGAAAGAGAAGGACGUUGAUAAAGUGGAGAGGCUCAACAACACAAAGCAGUCCGAGUGUAAAGCCGGUCCCAAGGAAGGCGCAGAGCUGGCCGUGGACCUGCUGGGCCUGGAUGCCCCAAAGGAUGGUGGGAGGGGCUCGGGUGGUGCUGCACCAAUCAGCGAUGAACUGGACAUCUUUGGACCAAUGGUCUCCAACCCUCUCCCCUCUUCCAACAACACACAGCAGUCCUGCUCCGGUACAGCACCUCCACAGGCGGACCCCUCCACCUCCUCCUCCGCCUCCUCUUCCACCUCCACCACCACCACCACCAAGGCGGAGGAGAAGAAGAAGCUUCUAUCUAAGGACUCCAUCCUGUCUCUGUACGCCAGCAGUUCAGUGGCCAGUCAGCCGCAGAGCCAGCAACAGCCUGCUCCAGGGCAAGCAGGAAUGUACGUGGGCCAGCCUCAGAUGCAGUUCACCCCGCAGGGUUUCGCUCCAGGGGCGGCCGGAGCCGUCCCACCCACCACCGCCACCAUGAUGGGCGGAGGGGCCGUGAUGUCCAGCGUGGCUCUGCCCAACGGCGGCUACGUGGGCAUGCAACAGCAGGGCGGGAUGCCAGCCAACCAAGGGCAGAACAUGUACUGCAUGCAGCAAGGACAGUGGAGCAUGAGCCAGAUGACUCAGCAGAUGUCAGGCAUGGCUGUGAGUGGUGGCCAGUCAGGGGCCCCCGCGGCCGGCUGGCCCGCGGCUCCCCCGCCGGCUUCUGGCCAGACCCUCAGCACUCAGCUGUGGAAGUGACAAGCAGGAGGUCCGGAGGAGGAGAGUGUGUGGGGGUGUGGUGGGGUUGAACGGAGGGCAGUCAUAUGGCAACAAAAACAGCCCAAAAAGGUGCUCCUGACCCACCCAGCUCCGAAUAAAGAACGCACAACAGGGGCAGUUCAACUGCCUUUAAUGCCCCCCCAGCCGCAAAAAAAAAAAAAAAAAAAAACCUACCCACCGUAAUUCCUUUAAUAAGACAAGAUGACAUCACACUGGAUGGAGCGGGGGAAAUAAGACAGUCUGGCAGCUGUCGUUUCCCGCCUUGAUUUUCUCUGUUGUGACCAAACAGCAGAAUCUGAAAGAUUCCAGUGUCUAUUAUAGUAAUAUUGUAUCCUUACCAAAAUGGAUAGUUAGUGAAUAGUCUUUCAAUACCUACAGUAGAUAUGGCUAUCUUGUGGUUGUCCCUCCCUCUGCUGUGUAUAUUGUAACCCCCCCCUCUCUGUAGGGCAGAUAGUCGUCUGAACAGUACUGUAUUUAUGUGACUAUGAUGUGAACCUCCCACUGUUUUCAGAGCAUAGGAGAGAGCUUGAAGCCCUUCUCCUCUCGAUUACUUUGAUUCUGGUUUGACCUCGUUGACGUUCCAGAGGUGGCAUUGUCCAGGUAACUUUACGGGGUUUGAAGCUGCUUACGGCCGAUGUAAUUUUGUUCCCAGUCACUGUCAUGUAAUUUGACCAGUUUCAUACAAAGAAUUUGAAACCUUUGAGCAGUCAAAUAGUGUCUCAUUACGACAACUUCAAGUUGUUGUUUUUUCUCCCACAGCAGCCACUGAUAAGCUCUACAGUACAGAGCAGACACACCAGUGGCUCCGAACCUUGAGGUUGAGUCAGAACUGCACAUGAGUAAGAUCAUUAAGAUAGGGAACAAGAAAGUCUUGCCUCCACGGACUCUAAAAUUUAUUGAACUUAAACCUUUUAACAGCUUAACCACUCAUUGAACUUCUCACAGCUCAUACACAUAAUCAAACUAGAGUUGCUACGAUAUUAAUACCAGUAUCAGAAAUGCCUUUGGUAUCGGCGAGUCCCUGCACCAAUCCGAUAUCACGUUAUCGUAUCAUUUAUAAGCUUGUUUACGCUACACCGGAACAACAACAACACAUCACAUCACUCGCUGACCGACCUGUACGGCACAUCGUCAACUCUUAACAGAGAUGAGAGAGAAGCGAGACUGCUCACUCGCCAUCAGCUCCGGGGAAAAAAACAAUCGCUGCGUCCAAAAUCGAUGGUGGAAAUAGCCAACGGGUGAGCCGUCUUGCUUCAUGCACAUGCUCAGUAGUGAUUGGGCAGGUGCUAGUGACGAUGUAAAGUUAGCCAGAGCUAGUAAAAUUUCAGCAAUUUGGCAAAAUUCUGAACACACUGGUAUCUGAUUGAUACUUAAAUUCAGGUAUCGGAAUCUGUGUCAGGAAGGAAAAAUAGAAAAUAAUUGUAAUAGAAAAUAAUUCAAAAAGUUUUCUUCGUUAUAAAGCAAUAUCAGUCAGCCCAUACAACGACUUACAAAAGAUUACCAACAUUGAUGAUAACACAGACAAUCUCAUGUCGGUUUGCUUGGUAUCGAGCUGGAGCCAGAAGGCGAUUAGCCUAGCUUAGCUUCCAGACUGAAAGCAGGGGGAAACAGCCUGGCUCUAUCCAAAGUUUCAAAAAUCUUAACCUCAAAAGCUUCAUCAAUUGACUAAAAAUAUAAAAAUACAAUAACUCAGUAUUCACUGUGUAGAUAUUUUACACACAUUGUAACAACAGAUACUCCAAUUAAUAACAAUGUUUGUCAAGCCCGAGUUGCAGGAAGACAUUCCCUUAAAAGAGUCAAAAAGCUGAAGGUUUGGAACCACGAAUGAAUAUUAACCCUACUCUGGAUGUGACAACACUCGUAGUAUCACUAGUAUAUUAUUAUAUUUAUAUGCAGAUGAUACAAUGCUGUUUGUCAUACGGCGAGCUGGUUGAAAACAACCCAGGAGGUUCCCUUUAAGUGAUUGCUGGGAGCCUCUGGGUCCUCUGUAGCCACGCUGUGGUGUUUUAAAGCCUAACGAGCUGGGUUCAGUGGACCCUGGGCUCCGAGCCAUUGAAAACUUGCCUUGUUAUAGAAAUGAGCUGUUUCCCCUGCGCUCCCAGCCGAAUAUAAUGCACUACUGGAAUCGCAGCAGUAUGUCUUUACUGCACUUUAGUAGGUAGUAUCGUACCUCCGGCUGUGUCGUGGUUUCAUCAGUCGGGUUGUUUUAAUGGGAACGGCAGAGACGGAAUAAACUGUUCCAACUGCUGGGGAGGACUUCUACAAUCUUUUUUUUCUUUAAAAAAAACAACUGGACCAAUGUUGCUCCCCUCAUGUGUGAUGCUGUAACUGUAUAUUCUACCAUCCACCAUCUUUGUUGUGGUGUUUCGUUGUGUGUGGUACAAGAGAAGCACAGGUAUUCUGAAGCAAAUAAACCUGGGGGACCAAUCAGAGGGCUAGACGAUGGGGGGGGUUGGGGUUGGGGGGGGGGGGGGGAAGAGGAGAGGAGGAUUGGACAGCGCUAGCAAAAGGGGACCUGCAUGAAAAAUGAUGGAUGGGUCCCAUCGCCACUGUCCAGUCCUCGUUUAUUCAGACUUAAGAUCAGAGGAGCAAGAGUAGAAAUGAAUAAACAUGCAUACUAGUGGGAUCAGUAGUAUCAAUACAUGUCGCUACUGAAUAUUUGAAACGGUUUCAAUACUCAUUUUCAACAGUAUGGAUACACAGGUACCAGCUGGGCUGCCUUUCUGCUCUCUCUUGUCCAACGGCGAGUUCUCACACACACACACACACACACACACACACACAUUGCUGUUUAUCUUUUAAUAAAGAUCUCAGAUUUGAUGCCCUCAA